AUGACUGUGCCUAUUGAUAAUGCCAAUGGCAGUACAGCUGUACCAGAAAUCCCUGCAAAGCAAAAGGCGGCCAUCUAUGACCAGCCCGGCACUGUCUCCACCAAGGUCGUAGAGAUAGAUGUGCCCGAGCCGGGUACGGGCGAGGUCUUGAUCAAUCUAACCCAUUCAGGCGUCUGUCAUUCCGAUCUUGGAGUAAUGACCAACACCUGGAGAUCUCUACCCUAUCCCACACAGCCAGGUCAGAUUGGCGGCCACGAAGGUGUCGGUAAGAUUGUCAAGCUAGGCCCUGGAGCCGAGUCUUCAGGCCUGAAGAUCGGUGACCGGGUUGGAAUCAAAUGGGUUUCUAGCGUAUGCAAGACUUGCGAACCAUGCCAGGCGGGCGCCGACGGAAUCUGCUUUAAGCAGAAGGUUUCCGGAUACUACACCCCCGGUACAUUCCAGCAAUACGCCUUAGGCCCCGCCAACUACGUGACACCGAUCCCAGACGGCCUCGCAUCAGACGAAGCAGCGCCGAUGCUCUGCGCCGGCGUGACCGUCUACGCGGCCCUGAAGCGCAGCAACGCCCGACCAGGGCAAUGGGUUGUGAUCUCCGGCGCUGGAGGCGGCCUAGGCCAUAUAGCCGUGCAACUCGCCAGCAAAGGCAUGGGAUUCCGAGUGAUUGGAGUCGACCACGGCAGCAAAGAAGAACUAGUGAAGGCCUCCGGAGCUGAGCACUUCGUCGACAUCACCAAGUUCCCCUCCGACGACAAGGGCCAAGCCAUCGCCAGCCAUGUCAAAUCCCUAGCCGGUGGCCUGGGAGCUCACGCCGUCAUCGUAUGCACCGCAGCCAACGCAGCCUAUGCCCAGGCAGUACCAUUCCUGCGCUUCAACGGUACCCUCGUGUGUGUGGGGAUCCCUGAGAACGCACCGCAACCUAUUGCGACCGCGUUUCCCGGGAAGAUGAUCGCUCAGCAUUAUACCAUUACCGGAUCGGCGGUCGGGACACAGAGAGAUGCGAUCGAGACACUGGAUUUCGCGGCGAGGGGAAUCAUUAAGGCCCAUUUCCGGACGGAGAAGAUGGAUGCUUUGACCGGCGUUUUCGAGGAGAUGAGCCAGGGGAAGUUGCAGGGGAGGGUUGUUCUCGAUUUGUCUUAA